AUGUUCCUGUUCGAGGGCCCCUUCGGAUCCGUCCUGCACAUCACCGACUGCCUCAGCGCCCUGACGCCCCACCUCGCCCGCCGCAUCGACUACCUCUUCCUCGCGCGGUGCUCCCUGCGCUUCCCCGCCACGCAGGACUCCAUCCGCCAGGUGAUCGACUGCAUCUGGAAGCACCCGAGCGCGUUGGUUGUGUAUCUCGUGUGUGACAUGCUGGGGCAGGAGGACGUCCUCGUCGGGGUGUCCAAGGCGUUCGGGUCCAAGAUCUACGUCGACAGGGAGAAGAACUCCGACUGCCACCAGAGGCUGGCGCAUGUCACGCCCGAGAUCCUCGCCGCCGACGACGCCGCACCCUCCACCCGCUUCCACGUGCUGUCGUUCCCGCGGCUGUCGGAGCAGGCCACGGAGAUCCUCGCGCAGGCGCGCGCCGCGCGCCAGCUGAAGCCCCUCAUCAUCAGGCCCUCCUCGCAGUGGUACGCGUACUACGACCCACCUCCACCGGAGGAGGCAUCGACGCAGCAGCAGCAGCAGAAACCGGUGCUAACGGAGGCCAUGUGCGACGAGUUGGGGGUCUGGCACGUCUGCUUGUCAAUGCACUCCUCCCGGGAGGAGUUGGAGCAGGCGCUGGGGAUCCUCAAGCCCAAAUGGGUCGUCUACACCAUGUCGUCGUGCAUGGUGGUGGACCUCAGCUAUGUGAGGAAGCAAUGCUCCCUGUCCCAAGUUCGAACCGACGAUCCCCUCUGGAAGUUGCUAGGGAUAUCUGAUGGAAUGUCUACUGUUACCAGCUCGGCCCAGGCAGUGCUGCUGACAGUAGAAGCUGUCGAGAAGCUCGAGGAAGUGUUCAGCGCUUGUGCUCCCUCUAAUGAUAUCAGCCAGGCACUAGAGGAGGGUGCAGAAGCAACAGUGGUUGAUUUCGAGGUCAGAGUCGAGCCACCUGUCACGCUUUUCAGAAGCACAAGGUUGAUUACCGCACACGAACCUGAACUGUGGAACUAUGAGUAUGAGAGUGUCGAGAUCAUUGGUGACGAUGAGCUUGAAGCCAAGGAUUCUGCAAAUGAGCUUGAGUUUUGUAGGCAUAGUAAGCCUAUUCAAGUGGUUGGGUUAACUGAAGCUGCAACAAGGGAACAGAAUCCGGUCUCUGAUGAAUCUGAGCUGCUGAACGACAUCAAAUCUGAUGGCGGAGUAGAAGUAGUUGAUCUAACUGAAGGUGGAAAGAAAGAGCAUAAUUUGGGUGCAGAGACUGAACAUGAUAGAGGGAACAGAGAGGCUGAACUGGGGGCGCAAGAACAGAACCUGAAUGCUCGUGCUCGUUUGACGGUGGGAGUUUGCAGGCAUAAGGUGAUUGCUGACGAAGGUACGGAAGCGACUGAAGGGAUGGUCUCAGCUGCGCAUGUUCCAGAGGAUGGCACCACUGUUACACUAGGAACAGGGAGGAGCACUGAUCAUCAGUACUCUGAAAGGGCGAGCGAUUCUUCAACCGUUGUCGGAUCAUCGAAGGGCCUCAACGCGAGCCUGAGGAGGCUGUACAGGUCGAUGAACGUACUGGUGUCGCGCCCCCUACCAUCGCUCGUCCAACUGACGGCGGCCUCCAAGCGGCCCAGAGUCUCUCAAACUGCGCAGUUGUAGGUUCAGCCUUUUGCUGUUGCAAAAUGAAACCCAGUUCUCAGUUGUUGCGAGUUUGUGCACUGUGGCCUGACAACGAAUUCAUAUUGAUUUGUUCUGUGAAGAGGCAGAUCAUCAGGGAUCUCAAUCGUUCUGAA